AUGGGUAAGAGGUUAGAUCUUCAAUGCCUUCGGGGCAUUGCCAUUCUUGAGGUAUUGCUAUUUCACUUCUGGCCUAAAGAAUUUUUGAAUGGUUACAUAGGAGUAGACUUGUUCUUCGUUCUCUCUGGUUACCUGAUCUCUAUGAUUCUCCAUCGUAGUUCACUACCUCUUUUGGAAGUUUUCAAUAGCUUCUACUACUCUCGCAUCAAAAGAAUCUUCCCAGCUUACCUUCUCUUCAUACUACUCACUUUGAUUUCUCUCUUCUUCAUUUUCCCUGUUACGAAUAUCGAUAUCAACAUGGAUUCCGCAUACCCUGCUCUGUUCUUCUACACAAACUUUCUAACUGUUGAUGGAGAGUCUCGAUAUGAAGCCAUGCUGGCUGUCGCGGACAAUUUGUUCACUCACACAUGGUCACUAGCAGUGGAGAUUCAAUUCUACUUUCUAGUUCCACUCAUUUACCUAUCAAGUCGAUUCUUGGGGAUACCAAAAUCAGCUUUGCUUAUAUCUGUUCUGAGUGUUGCUUCGUUGUUGUUCCACCUUUUAGCUGAUGACAACACAUCAUUCAACUAUGUCUUGGCUCGUCUUUGGCAGUUCUUAGCAGGAUAUAUGGUUUACCUCAAGAGCCACGUAGAAAGAACAAAGCCUGUUGACAAACAAACUGAGAUGAAGGAAGUCUCGCUAGAAGGGCUACCUCCUAAGAAACCGGCAGAAGAGAGCUCAGCCUCAUCGACUAACACGCAGAUUCUGCAGGAAGGAGCACUGCGGCUGAUAAUGAUUGUUCUGUUAGUACUGGGAUUCACCUUCAGAUACGAAUACAACAAAGAUUUGCUGAGAGGCAUUACUACCAUACUGGCUUCGAUCUUCAUCUACCUCGGAGGAAAAGUGAAGAAGCCUAUUCUGAAUCUUGAAUCUCUCAGUUACUUAGGAGAUAUCUCUUACAUCUUGUACCUGAUUCAUUACCCGGUUCAUGUUUACCUCAGUCUCAAUGGGUACAAAUCAAACCAAGCUAAGUGUAUGGCUGUUGCUCUAUCAAUUCUCCUUGCUGUACUUGUACACGAAUUAUUCGAAAAGUUCUAUUUGAAGUUGAAAAAGAAACCAAUUCUGGCUCUCGUUUCUCUCUUGUACGCUGGGAGCAUACUCAUCGUUGUUUUCCGUUCUCAAAUAGAGGUUGCCGUUUUCGGACCAAAACUUGAUUUCCGUGAAGUUCUUCUGAACCCGGAUGCAUACCA